AUGCGAAGAACUGCCCUAGUGGCCGCCUUCGACAGUGCCCAGUCGUCAGCGCUGACAGACCUGGAGUGUGUUCGGGCCGCUGGCGCAGCCGCGGCAGCAGCGGCCCAUGCAGCUGGGCUGACAGCCGAGGAGCAGGUGCGCACCGCGGUCCUGGCGGCCGAGGCCGCCGCACAGAAGGCGGGCCUCCUCCCGGAGAAGGAGGCUACAGCGGCGGCCAAGGCUGCCCUGGCGGCGGCGAAGGCCACGGGCCUCCCGGCCGAGGAGCAGGCUGCCUUGGCUGGCCGCGUCGUGGCAUCCGUGCGGCAGAGCCUUCAGAAGGCCCUGGCUGUGAAGAUCCAGGAGAUCCAUCAGAAGACCUUGGCCGCCCGGGCGACGCCAGCUCCAACAGCUAAGAUGUCGGAUGCUGAAGCCGUCGCUGCGGCCGUGGCGGCUGCUAGGAGCGCCAUGGACGCGGCCCAGGCGGCGGACGCCGCGGCGCGUGAAGCAGUGGCCACCGCAGUCUCCGCCAACGGCACUCUGAACGCUAGCUUUCUCCCCGGCGCGGGCCCCUUGGCUGCGGCCACGGCUGGCGGAGGCGGAGGCGGAGGCGGCCCGGCAGGUGGUCCUGUGGGUGGCCCGGCAGGUCUCAGUCCCGGUGCACCCAGUGCGCCGACUCAAGGGGGCGAGGAGCCGCACCUCAGCGCUAUCGAGGCCAUCCUGCGCAAGUUGUCCGAGACAGUGGCAUCGUACUCUUCGCGAAUCGAUGCUUCCAACAGCAGGCUCGACAAAGUGGAGGAUGUGGAGCGUGCCUUGGUGCGAGAGCUCGGCUCGGCUCGUGCAGGCCCGCGCAGCUCCAACUUCACUGGUGAGGCUUCCGAGGAGCCCAGCGGAGUGGCUGAGGCCACAGAAGCACAAGAGAUCCCCUUCGAGCGGCCUGCGAAGAUCCCGCCGCACAUGAAUGGCACAGGCAAGCCGAGGUACUGGACGCAUGGCAACAAUGGUGCCGCCGAGAGCGUCUCGCAGAAGCCGAUCCACCCACAUACCCAGGAGGAUGCCAUUCUCAGCACCGAGGAGGUACUAGCCCUGGGGCCCGACGAGGUGGCCCAGGUCCUGUCUCACGACCGCAAGCUACUGGCCACGGUCACCGCGCGCCUGAGCAGCGGCAAAGAGCUCGCAGACCUCGUCUUUGGGACGGACUCUAGCGAGCUGCCGGAGGGACGGCCCACGGAGAAGGCCCUGGACGCCAUCCUCAAUGACCCGGACGUUGCCAAGAAGGCGAUCAACCUCACAAUGACCACGCUCCAUCGAGGCGUAUCCAAGCUGGCCUCUGGCAAGAGCUUCGCAGAUGAGCUCUUUGGCUCGGACACCAGCCGCCUGAUCGGCGAGGCCUUCCAUCCCACAGAGCCUCCCCAGCCGAUCGAGGAGGCAAAGCCAGUCACCGAGGCUCCGAGACAAGCUGCCCCUGUGACCGGGCGAAAGGUGGCAGGCGCAGGGGGCGCAGUGCUGCCACCCGUGCCCAAGGCGAAAGAAGCGGACAAGGAGGAAGGCCGCACCACGCCGGCGCCUGAGGAGAAGAGGGGCGGGCUGAAGAUGCUCGGCGUGGAGAUGCCGGGCCUCCCCAGCCUCCCUGGACUCCCUGUGAAUCUUCCGGACAUGCCGGAGCUGCCUUUGCAACUGCCUCAUGUGCCGAACCCUUUAGACUGGCUGCGAUGA